AUGCCCGGGUCACCGGCGCUGGUCUUCGCGGCCCAGGCCAAUUUCGUCGAAGGCGGGCUCGUCUUAACGGUGGGGAUCCACCACGCGGCUGGCGACGCUGUCGCCCUCCAAACCAUCCUCAGCACCUGGGCCGAGAACACGGCGGUGGCGGAAGGCGGCGACUCAGGCGCCUUCACUGUGUACGACACAGAGUCAAACGACCGCAGCAUCCUGAUGGACGGCGUUCCACCAUCCGAAGACACGGCCGCCGAGGCCGCCGCCUUCUCGACGCACGACGCGCUGUCCGCCAUGCUAUGGCGCGCAAUUACGCGCGCGCGGACUGGGGGAGACGCCCCCGCCCCUGUUGACUCGGCCUUUGCGUACGCCAUCAACGUCCGGCCGCGCGCCAGCCCCCCGCUGCCGGCCACGUACGUCGGCAACGCAUCGAUGUUGGGUCUCACGAGGCGGCUGUCGGCGAUCGAAACCACCUGCGGCCCGGGAGGCUUGGCGCUUGCCGCGGGCGCGAUCCGGGCGUCGCUAACGGCGCGGUUCCCGGACGCCAAGCAAGACGGGACUGCUGCGACUGAUGCGGACGGCCCAGACCGGGUGGUGCGGGCCAUCGGGCUGCUUGGUUCGCGGCGCGACCCGACUGACUAUAAGAUGGCUUACCGCGCGUUCCUGGGGCCGGACGUCGUCGCAACGUCGUGGGCCAACAUUGCCGUCUACGACACGCUCUAG